AUGCCACCAACAUCGAUAUCCCUCCCCUCGCACGUCGCGCGGCCGUCUUCCACCAAGACAUCCUCGGUCACCGUUACAAGCAUUCCCUCGCCCGACACGGAACCCAACCUCUGCUCCUUUUGCUCCCAGAUUGACUUCCCGUUGCUUCGUUACCCCACAACUACCGAUCUCCGCUCUCUGAACGACGGCAACCCAGCACCCCAGGACCUCAGCCCCUUCAAGCGCAACCCAUAUGCCAGAGUCGAGCCAACAUGGUCUUUGGGCCUUCUUUCCCGCAUCCACAAAUCUUCUGCCUCUUGCGACCUCUGCCACGCCUUAUGUACCGUCCUAGACCAGCAGCCGCAAGUCCGCGCCACCCUCACCGAAAUGGGCGUACAGGAUCCAUUGGUCUUGGGUACAUUAGCCCUUUGUGGGAGAUUGUCGGCACCAGACGGGACAUCGUGGCUGGAGCAUGAUGACAAGCAUGGCGGACUGAAGGAAAGGGAUUGCUUCUUCCUCCGACGGUUGGGACUGCUGUUUCGGCCGGCCGACAAAGAUGAGGAUGUGAAUGAGCCGGGUAUGCCCAAGAAGAUCGAAAGCUGGUAUUCCACAAUGGAUAUCUUUCAGACUAUGAACACUGCUAUUCCAAGGGGUUUUGCUGAAGACAAAAAAGGGGUGCUGAUGGGAGAUGAGGAAAAACCGGAGACGGUGUGGUUCGCAGGACGAAAGAGACCGGAGAUGAUUGACAUUGGCUUGAUCAAACAAUGGCUCAAUGAGUGCUUGGAGAACCACAAGGACGUCUGUGGGAUUAGUGAAGAGGUAGAUGAGGAUGAUGAUCCGGAGUUGGUAGAACAGAUGAGGCGUUUGGGUUGUAUCGUAACCAAGUACAACCUCUACGAUGUCGACAUGUCCGCCCUCAAGUUUGCUUCACUCAGUUAUGUCUGGGGUGUCACUCCUCAGAAACUCACCCUUCUUAUCGAAAACGAGUAUGAACUCCACCGGCCCAACUCUCUCGUUGGCAAAGUGUCCGAGACCAUCUCCGACGCCAUCCACCUAACCGAAAAACUUGGCCUCCAAUAUCUCUGGGUCGAUGCCCUCUGUAUCAUCCAAAACUCCGAGGAUGAUAAGGUAAUGCAACUUGGCAACAUCGCCAACGUUUACGCCCACUCCCUCUUCACUAUCAUGGCCGCUGCGGGUGACGACUCCAACUUUGGUCUUCCUGGUAUCCGCACCCCCCGGGAUACAGUCCAAGAGGUAGUCCCGGUCAUCGCCCCAUCAGAAAACAACCCCGGGAUGUCCCUCAUCACUGCCCUCUCUCCCACCCACCAGUCCCAUGAACACCCAACCCGCAAGACCAUCUGGGCCUCGCGCGGGUGGACACUCCAGGAACGAGCCCUCUCCCGACGGGCCAUUGUCAUUAUGAAAAGCCACGUCCUCUGGUCCUGUUCCCGGUCUCACUACUCGGAGGAGUCCUGCUGCGAGACCGCUACACUCGGCUCCUUAGCAUGGUUCGGCCUGCAAGAGUCUGACCCCAUUCUCAAUUCGUCCGAGCGAACGUGGUACACCGAAGACGUGCCCGAAGAACAAGUCUGGUACAAGUUCCAACGCUUGGUGCAAGACUACUCAAACCGCAAUCUAAAGUUCCAAGGCGAUGCUCUCGAUGCGUUUAGUGCAGUGGUGGAGCAAGUCCGUAGAAUGACUGGUGAGAACUUUCUCUGGGGCAUGCCAAGCGGGCGCUUCGAGCUUUGUCUGUGCUGGGAGCCUUACCGACGAGGUCUCAAGAGGAGAGAGGAACUGAGCACGCUGGAGAUGACCAGCUUCAAGCGGCAUGUUCCCUUCCCAACUUGGUCGUGGCUGGGAUGGUCCGGAGCUAUCUGUCUCAAAGUGCAGGACCGCGAGCUCGAGGUGGGACUCAACCCAAAGGUGGUUUGUUUUGUUCUGCGCAACCACCCACUGCGCGUGUUUCCGGUGCGAAGAAUCUCCGUCGAUAACGGCCCAGAACGAGCCAACUCGUGGGCUAUACCCAACAUCAACGACAGCAAGUACUCGGUCACCCUCGACGACAUCUAUGACAAUCUGCCCUCCAUGACCCCCGAAGUCCUGCUUGACAUACCGGACGACCAGCUCAUCUUCUUCUGGACCGAAUCAGCGCGCUUCAAACUCUCGGAGCUCAAAGUGCAGGGACCGUCAGUCUUGCAAGAAAACCCGUUGCAAGUGAAGGAGUACACCAAGUAUUAUCAAGAGAUUAUCGACGAUGACGGACAGGUGGUAGGGAGGACGCACCCUUGCGACCCAAAGGCUCAGGACAUUGGAGUGGAUGAGAAGGGUGACGGUAAAUGCGAGUUCAUCCGCAUUGCCAACAAUUACCUGCCGUUCUGUGAUCCGGAGAAGUUGGCGAUGCAGGUACGAAGGGGUACAGGCAAGUAUAACCGGGAUGUUAGAUACCGCGUCAAUUUGGCAGAAAUCAAGAAGGAGGCGUGGAAGCAGGUUUAUGAGAAGAGGGUGUUGGUUGCACUGGGUUAA